AGUCGCGGAAAAGAUUUUAACUUUCAAAAGUACUUUUUAUAAUUUUGUUUUACACAUUUUUGUUUAAUUUUAUUUAGUGUACAUAAAAAUUCUUUAUUUAGAUUAUCAUAUUAUCUAUUAUUAAUUGAAGAAAUUGAGAAUAUGUUGCAAUAUAAUUAUUAAUACUCUAGUUAAUAAAUCUACAUGAUGGCUGAUCAUCAGUUAAAAAUAUUAGUAUGCUGUGGAAUUAAAGGUCAAUUCAAUUCAUUUAUCGAUCAUAUUGAGGCAUUAUUCAGUAAAAAAGGCUUAUUUGAUUAUGUAUUUUGUGUUGGUGAUUUUUUUGGAGAUGAUAAUGUAAACUCUGACCAAGGUUGGAAGAAAUUUAAAAAUUCGGGAAAAAAUGUUUCAGUUCCUAUUUACAUAUUGGGUCCAAACAAAAGAGAACAUCAACAUUUUUUUUGUGAUUUAAAAAAUCAACAAUUAGCACCUAAUAUAUUUUAUCUUGGUAAGCAUGGUGUUUUUACUACUUCUGAUGGUUUAAAAAUUGGUUAUGUUAGUGGUGUCCAAAGUACCUGUAAAACAUCUAAUGAAGAUUAUAUGUUUAAUUAUGAUUCUAUAGUUCAGUUUAAAGAAUCAUGUCAGCGGUCUGGACAUGUUCCUUUGGAUAUUUUACUAACAACACCCUGGCCAGCUGAUAUUCUUAAUAAAGAACGUUUAAAUGGUGAAAUCAACAAAGAGUCUUUAGAUAAAUCUAAUGAGGCUCCAUUGUUGUCAUGGGUAGCUGAUUGUUUAACUCCGCGAUACCAUUUUGCUGGAGCACAAGGUUUAUUUUAUCAAAGAAGUCCAUUUAAAAACAACAAUAGCAAUGUUUUAACACGAUUUAUUGGAAUUGCUGAUUAUCAUAAAAACAAACAUAGCAAACAGAAAUGGCUAUAUGGAUUUGUUAUAACACCUGGAAGUACAACUAAUAAAAUAGAUUACACUGUAACUGAAUCACCUUAUGCUUUAGACACUUCCCAAUAUACUUUUGGUUCUGCACCAAAUAUUAAACAAUUUUUUUAUAAUACAGCAAUCUCAAAUACCAGUUCUGAUAAUAAUAAAUCACAUAAAAAAAGAAAAUAUGAUGGACCAUCAAAUAAAGUAUUAGAUAUAAAUGCAGAGUCCUGUUGGUUUUGUUUGUCAAGCAAAAAUAUCACAAAACAUAUGAUCAUUUCCAUUGGUGAAACAGUUUAUAUAGCAGCAGCAAAAGGACCUUUGGUUGAAGACCAUAUUUUAUUAAUACCAAUUGAACAUUGUAAAUCAUUGGCUGAAGCUCCUUCAAGUGUUGAAACAGAAAUUAAUCUAUUAAAAAGCUCAUUAAAUCAGUAUUUUAAAAGUAAAAAUCAAAGUGUUGUUUACUUUGAACGUAGCAUAAUGUCUGCUCAUUUUCAAAUACAAGUUGUACCUAUACCAAAUAAUGUUGUAGAAAACUUGGAAAAUGUAUUUAAAAAAAAAUUUAAAGAUUACAAUUUAAAUCUAGUAGAACUACCUCCAGCUGCUUCACUGCAACAAAUAUCGAAAAAUUAUAGUGGACAGUAUUUUUAUGUAGAACUGCCAAAUGGAAAACGCUUUUAUUAUACUGCCAACAAAACAGAUCAACGAUUUCCAAUCCAAAUUGCCAGAGAAAUAUUAGCAUCACCAAAAGUAUUAAAUGUAUUGAAUCGCAUUGAUUGGAAAAAGUGUGAACUAACUAGAAGUGAAGAAGAAGACGAUGUUAAAAGAUUUCGUCAUCUAUUUGAAUCUUUUAAUCCAAUUAAAAAUUGAUCAUUAUGUCAAACAUUCAUAAUAAUACAAUUUUGUUUUAUUGUACAAUUUAUAAUUUUAAAAAUAAACUUUUUUUGAUAAAUAUUAAAAGGAAAUAUAAUUUA